GCUUGAAUGUAACGAUAUCCAAAAAGACGAAAAAUAGGAAAUUCUCUUUUAUACCACGAUGAAAUUAACCUACUACGCUCGCCAAACUUCCAAGGCGAAAGCUUCCAUUCCGGCCCAUCGUCGUCUCCACAAAUGGAGCUCACGCUAACAAUGAUGGUCACCACCGUCGUCCUCCUCCUCGUGCUGAUCGGCUUCCUCGUCAGGCCGCGCCGCAGCCACCGGAAGGCGCUGAACCUCCCGCCAGGCCCCAGGGGCUGGCCGGUGUUCGGCAGCCUGAGCUUGCUAGCAGGCACGCUCCCGCCGCACCGCGUGCUGGCCACGCUCGCGGCGCGCUACGGCCCGCUCAUGCACCUCCGGCUCGGCUCCUUCGACGUCGUGGUCGCCUCCUCCGCGGAGGCGGCGCGGCUCGUCCUCAAGACCCACGACCUCGCCUUCGCCGACCGCCCGCCGGCGGCCUGGGGCGCCAUCAUCGCCUACAACUACAAGGGCAUCGUGCACACGCCCUACGGGCCCUACUGGCGCAUGGCGCGCAAGCUCUGCGCCACGGAGCUCUUCUCCGCGCGGCUCGUCGACGCGUUCGAGCCCGUGCGCGCGGAGGAGACGCGCGCCCUGACGCGCGACCUGUUCGAGCGCGCCGGCGCCGCCGUGCCGGUGAGGGAGCUCCUGAUGGGCUUCACGAUGCGGAGCAUCCUCCGCAUGGCGCUCGGGGAGAAGUGGCCGGGCUCCUACGGCAGCGCCGCCGAGGGCGAAGUGUUCCGGCGGUCGCUGGAGGAGGCCUUCGAAGUGAGCGGCGCGGUGAGCAACGUGGGGGAGUGGAUGCCGUGGCUCGCCUGGCUCGACGUCCAGGGUUUGACCCGGCGGAUGAGGCGGGUGCACGCGGUGGUCGACCGGUUCAGCGAGCAGAUCCUCGACGAGCACCAGGAGGAUCGCCCGCGCGCCGGCGCCGGCGGGUUCGCGGCGAGGGACCUGGUGGACGUGCUGCUGCGACUAGCCGAGGACGGGCAGGACGAGCCAGCCGAGACCAGGCUCACUCGCGCCGGCGUCAAGGCCAUCGUGCAGGACAUCAUUUCCGGCGGCACGGAGACCGCGGCGGUGACGAUGGAGUGGGCCAUGGCGGAGCUCCUCCGCCACCCGGCCGCCAUGGCGACCGCCACCGGCGAGAUCGACCGCGUGGUGGGGCGCGGCCGCUGGGUCACCGAGAGCGACCUGCCGGACCUGCCCUACGUCGACGCCGUCCUGAAGGAGACGAUGCGGCUGCACCCGGUGGGCCCCCUCCUGAUCCCGCACCAGGCCCGCGAGGACACGGUGGUCGGCGGCUACGACGUCCCCGCCGGCACGCGCGUGCUGGUGAACGCGUGGGCCGUGGGGCGCGACCCGGCGUCUUGGCCCGAUGCGCCCGGCGCGUUCCGGCCGGAGAGGUUCCUCGCCGGAGGCGGCGCCGAGGGCGUGGACGCGCGCGGGGCGCACUUCCAGCUGCUGCCGUUCGGGUCCGGACGUCGGAUGUGCCCGGCGCACAACCUCGCGACGAGGGAGAUGGCGGCCACGCUGGCGAGCCUGGUGCAGGGGUUCGCGUGGCGGCUGCCGGACGGGGUGGCACCCGAGGACAUGAGCUUGGAGGAAUCCUUGGGGCUGUCGGUGAGCCCCAAGGAGCCGCUCGUUGCGGUCGCCGAGCCAAGGCUGCCGGCACACCUCUACACCGGAGCCCACUAGCUAGAUUAUUGUCAUCCGGAUUUAUGCAUCAGGUGUUUGGAUACAUGUGUGGUAUGUCACGUUAAACAGCAGCAGUGUUCUUGAGUUGUUCAGCACUACUAGCGACUGGGUGCUCGCUCACCCGUAUAGCAUCUCCAAGAGUUAAUUACAAAAGCGAUAAAAUAAGGAUUAUUUUGCGAUGAACGUGAAGUGCUCAAAGUUGGAGUUUAGUUCA